CCUGGGCCUUUGUUUGUGCAUGUGCAAUCUUUUGGGUCAGCUGUCCCGGCCUUUAACCCUCCCCCCGCGUGCCCCCCGGUGCAGGCUGCCAGGGCUUCCUUCUCUCUCGGCUGGAGCGCGGAGAACUUCCCCAUCCCUCCUGGGCCGCGGGGGAGGAGCAGAGCGAGGCGGAAGUGAGAACGAGCCCCGCGGGACGCAGCCCCAGCCUCUCACACGAGCUGCGAGCUCCGUGGCUCUCGCCUGGGCGUCCGGCUCCGCGCGGCGGCUGCAGCCUCCCAGACACUUACCUGGAAUUAGACCUUCAGCAUCCAACACCAUGAGCAACUACAGUGUGUCUUUGGUCGGCCCUGCUCCUUGGGGUUUUAGGCUUCAAGGUGGAAAAGACUUCAACAUGCCUUUGACCAUCUCUAGGUUAAGCGAUGGUGGCAAGGCAGCUAGAGCCCAGGUGGGGAUAGGUGAUGUGGUUCUCACCAUUGAUGGGACAAGUACAGACGGGAUGACUCAUCUGGAAGCACAAAACAAGAUCAAGGCCUGUACAGGCAACUUGAACAUGAAUCUGCAAAGAGCGCACUCUGCACCAAAGCCCGAUCCUGUUCCUGUACAAAAGGGAGAACCUAAAGAAGUAGUUAAGCCUGUGCCUAUUGCAUCUGCUGUUGCACCCAAAGUCACUUCCACAGUGAACAUGGCCUACAAUAAGACACCAAGGCCAUUUGGAGCUGUAUCUUCCUCAAAAGUCACUUCCAUUCCAUCACCGUCAUCUGCCUUCACCCCAGCCCAUGUGACUGUUCCGUCAUGUGCUUCCCCUCCACCAUUGACCACUGUCACUCCUCCCCCAUUCAUUGCAUCUGGACUGCAUGUUAAUGCCAAAUCCAGUACUGACCAGCGUUCACCUGCACUGAAUGCUGCUAAAGCUGCAGUUAAUGUCCCAUGGCAGCCCAACACAUACAAUACAACCCUGAACACGUAUUCCAACGACAAUGCUCAGGAUGUGGCAGAGGGACAAAGAAGAGGAUUCAAAGAGAGCCAGGUUGACAAUAAACAGCAAAAUGGGAAAAACCCACCUAAACGUCCACCAAGGAAGCACAUUGUGGAUACCUAUACAGAGUUUUACCACACACCCACUCAUAGAGAUGCCAGCAAAAAACGAUUGAUUGAAGAUACUGAAGACUGGCACCCAAGGACAGGAACUACCCAAUCACGUUCUUUUCGGAUCCUUGCCCAAAUCACCGGCACUGAACACAUGAAAGAACCAGAAACUGAGACUACAAAGAAAACUAAGGAGAGUCAAACAGAAAAUGGAGACCCCAGCGUGUCUGUAGAUCUACCAAAUGGAAUAGAAGCCCAGAAUUCCUCUUUAGAUCUAAAUAAACAUUCGGUAGCUACUCAGACCAUUGAGGUGACGCCUGCAUCAGAACCUCCAUCAACACCAUUACCAGCUAUGAGACCAGAAUCUACGUCAGACGGUUCGCCGUUAGCCAAGUCUUCACCUGUCAGUGUUCCCUCUCCCAGACUUCCUGAUCAUGUCUCAAGUUCACCCCAAGGGAGAAAACUCUUGUUUGACAAUCCUUUGGAAGCCUUACCUAAGUGUGCACCUCAUCCACCUGCUGUUGUUCAGGUUUUAAGUGUCAGUAGCCAAGUAGCCACAGUGUCUAAAGUGGCAUCUACUUACACUAGGAAAAUAACUCAAUCUGCAGAGUUGAGUGCUCCAGGUCCAGCAAGCUUAAUGACAAAUGAAACUGAUGCAGAAAGUUCUCUAUCUGAUAAGCACACAGUAGCUACACAGACCUCUGAGCCACCCUUGCUCACAGUUGCAUCAAUGGAGCCACCUUGUGCAGUCCAACGCGUGGAAUCCAUACCUUCGGUGCUUCCUGUUCCUGUCAGCUUCUACACUAGAAAAGCACUGCCUGAAAAUCCAUUGGAAGAUCUGCCAAAGUUUUCUCCCAUCCCUGUUCCUUCUCCUUCCAGGCAGAGCUCAAAAGUUAUGAGCAGUGCUGCUGCUGCCGUGUCUGCUGCUGUCGCUGUACGGGCCAGACUCUCCGAUCCUAAUGUCUACCGUUCGCUCUUGGAUGCCCUUCUCAUCACCCCUAUCACUAAACCACCUCCUCUACAAAGUGUCAGGCCCUCAAGGAAAUCAACGAGUGCUUUGGAGUUGCAAAAGAAAGAGAGUGAUUCCCUGGAGGCUUCACAGCCUGUUGCUUAUGCCGCUGCCUCAGUGAGGAGCAUGCCUGUAAGUCCAGACAAAACUGACACCAAACCAGCUGCAGCUAAUAUCACAUCUGCUACAGCCUUUAAACCAACCGGACCUCAGAGUGCUGUCAAAUACUCAGGUUGGCAACCUUCGAACCAAGCAGCUCCUACAAGUGGAUGGAUAUCAAACAAUAUGACACCGUCUGGCGCAACUGCACCAAGCGAUAAGUCCGUGACUCCGCCUCAACUAACAGAGCAAGACACUUUGGUGCAGAGAGCAGAGCAUAUUCCAGCAGGAAAGCGCACUCCUAUGUGUGCUCAGUGUAACCAGGUCAUUAGGGGACCUUUCCUGGUGGCUUUGGGGAAAUCCUGGCAUCCAGAGGAGUUUAACUGUGCUCACUGCAGAACCUCUAUGGCUUACGUUGGGUUUGUGGAAGAGAAGGGGGCUCUCUAUUGCGAGAUCUGCUAUGAGAAGUUCUUUGCCCCUGAAUGUUCUCGAUGCCAGAGGAAGAUACUUGGAGAAGUAAUCAAUGCUUUGAAACAAACUUGGCAUGUUUCCUGUUUCGUAUGUGUGGCCUGCCAUAAUCCCAUUCGCAAUAAUGUCUUCCAUUUGGAAGAUGGGGAUCCCUAUUGUGAGACAGAUUACUAUGCCCUCUUUGGUACCAUGUGCUAUGGCUGUGAAUUCCCCAUUGAAGCUGGAGACAGAUUUCUUGAAGCCCUGGGCCACACCUGGCACGACACCUGCUUUGUGUGCUCGGUCUGUUGUGACAGUUUGGAGGGUCAGACGUUCUUCUCUAAAAAGGAUAAGCCCCUGUGCAAGAAGCAUGCUCACUCAGUGAACUUCUGAAGCUUAGGCCACGUAUCGUUAACCAACAUAAGGAAUGGAGAAGGUUGAAUUUCAUCAGAUGUCCAUUUUCAAUCGGCUAAUAAACUAUUUAUAUAAGAUUUUACAAUGGAAGAGAAAAGUGGGAACUUUGGGCUUUUUACAUGGGAAGGUUGAGAGUAUUUAUCAGUGAACAUUUUUGAAUCAGUAAAAAGAGAAGGAGGGAGAUCUGUAUUCCAAGAGUAAAUUAUUGAGUGUAAAAAUACACACCUCACAGCAUAUUAUUGUAUUGAUCUCAUGAUUUUUUUUAUGGCCAAGGUUAUAUUUGUUGAAAUAUCAGAAAUGGGGCUUCCAGGUUUAGAGAGGUGAUAAAAUGAAACUUGCUUUUGCUGGUAUUCGGGGGGGAAGCAUCAGAUAUAUAUUCAUCAUUUUAUAGGAAAGAAUUUAAAAAAAAAAAAAAAGGAAUGAAAUCAAAGAUAAAAAUUGGGAUAUGUGGGUCAUAAUUAAUGCAUGAAAUCUUUUCUGUGAUAACCAUAUUCCGUAAGCCCAGGUUACGUUUAUAUGGCGUUUUUGUCUUUGGUAAUCAAGUCUUGAGCAGAUCUGCAAAGAGCAUGGCAGAGAUUUUUACAUGGCCACCAAAUGGUGGAAUUGCUACUGUGCUGGAAAAUAGGCAUCUAAAAGAUGCCCUUUGAGCCACUAGAGAAAACACAUGGGACCUACUCUUCAAAAUGUGGCACAUACCACCAAAAUGCUCGCCAACAAAAGUCAGGGUGUGAAAUUGCAUUUUAAGGUACUCAGUAGUCCUACGCUUUAACUUCUAGUAGUAUGGAGGCAAUGUUGUAAAGCAGCUUAAAAUAUUUACAGUUUUCUAGAUAUUGGUGGGUUGGACUAAAACACCAGAGCGGGGAGCAGACUGGGCAAUUUUUAAGGCUCAGAAAAUAAUUUUAGUAGGACUGAUAUUGCUUUUGAAAUAACUAGAGUCUGGAGAGCUGGGGCUCAAAUAAAUACUUCCAGUGGAGAUACUGUACACAGCACGUGUUUGGGAAGGGGAUGGAUGCGGACAGGUUUAAAAUGUACUGUAGUUUCUGCAAGUGAAAAUGUGUAUUUUAGAGCAGGAGAGAUGAAAAACUUUUCAAUAGAUUCCCCCACCCCACCCCACCCCACCCCCCCGGCCGCUUGGAAUUAUACUGCAGUUAACUCACAUUAAACAUUUAUUGUAGUGAUUCUUCUUAACCUCCUUUCCCCCCACCCCUUUGUGGACCAGGAUUUGGAAUUUCCCAGUUGCUAAGAAAUUCUAGACCCACAGUCUGGAGGGGCUAAUACUGCUGCGUUAUGCAGCAGUUUUAUCCUUUAAUUUGUGCUUUGUCUAUUUGUAUUAUAAACACACACGCACGCUUCGAACUAAAGUCACUGUUAAGUAAUUAAUAUUAAAUGGUGAAACAAGUUAUAUAAACAAGCACACACAAAAAGGAACUAUAUGACUAUUAAUGUUUUUAAUAGGUGAGAUUCUAGUAGGGGCACUUUAUAAGGAAUGCUGUAUCUCUCACUGAAUAUUUAUUAUUUUGGUUAGGAAUAUUCCACAUUGGUAUCUUUUUGAUUUCACUUUUAAGGAAGCCUUGCUUAUUUACUUCCAGAAUUUUUAGGUGUCUAUUUUUUUUUUGACUGCAGGCUUGAUGUAGUUCAAUUGGGGACUUUACAACUUCCAAAAGUAUUUUUCAUGUGGGAUAUCCUCAACAAACAGUGUUCUGCUUUUGAGCAAAUGUGAGAAUCGUCUAGGGUCAAUCCUGCCUUCUGGAACAUAGCAGAUGUAUCAGAAACUGCAUUAUAACUUAGAAAAUCAGCAACUGUGCUUUUUACGUGCAUGCUCUGUAAGUGAUUUCUCAAAAUAUGCCUGUUGGAGGGCAGGACUGAAUUUAAAUGUUUUGAGGUGAAAGUGGGUUUAGAGUUGCAUAAUUGAACCAUGAUGGCAGACUUUUCCAAGUUCAGUUACAUCAAGCCGACAGCUUUAUCUGUAAAUAUAAUAAUGAAUGCUUAAUAGAAGAUUAUCACAAUUUUAAAGGUAAUUGCUGGGUAGUGGGUGCAAUAUGUGUUGAUCCAUUCAGUAGUCUUUCCCUGCUGUGUGUGCUGAAACAAUAGCAUUUUCUAUUCAUAUGAAUGGUUUUGCAAACAGCAGUAAAGGGAAAAUACUUCCAUUUACAGAUUACAGUUGCUCAAACCUCUCUGUUUUUGCCUUGUUU